UUCCAUGGUAUACGUAUACCGAAGCAGCAACGGCAGUCCACGUCUUUCUCGUCUGCCGGGAGGACGAUACACGCAUCGACAAUGACGAUAAUCAAGCUUUCGGCUCUGCUGCUGCUCCUGGUAGCGACUCUCUGGGCCCCCAGUCGCCAAGAAGUGGCCAAGGAAGGCUCCAGCAGCGGAGUCAAGAAGCCCGAGCCCAUGUCGGGAGGCAUCGCUUUGCCCGACCUCUACCUGUGGAAGGACUCCGGCCUGAUAAGCGACCUGUCCCUGGCCGACACGCCUCACGCGCUCCUGGACAUCCAAUACGCAGACGUGCUCGUGUCGGAACUCAACAAGACGUACACGCUCGAACAGACGCAGAGCGCUCCACAGGUUAGGCUUAGGGGCUACCUCAGGUGCGGCUCUCCGUACUCGCUGCUCAUGGUCGACCCGGACGCGCCUAGCCGGAAGAAUCCCGUGAAGCGAAGUUGGCUCCACUGGAUGGUGCUCAACGCGCCGAGCAGCGACAAGUUUCACGAAGGCGACGUCGCCAUGCCGUACAAUGGUCCGAACCCUCCCAAAGGGUCGGGACCUCACCGGUACGUGUUCUUGGUCUACUGCCAGGACGGAGCGCACCUGAACAAGGACGAGAUGAUGCCCAAGGAAAGGCCCAGCUACAACGUCGCCAAAUUCUCCGAGAAACUGGCCACGAAGAUGCCAAUCGCAGGCUGCUUCUAUUACGUCGAGAAAGUCUGAGUGGAAGUCGGCGUCGCAGACUCUUCAACUCCGGCGAGAACGGGGGUGCCGUGAGACGGAUCAGCCGAACUGCCGAGCGGACGUUGUGCGACCACCCGCCGCUGAACUGCAAUACAUCCGAAAUACUGUCGGCAUAGCGAGUUAGUAUACGGUAAACAUUUCAAAUAAGACGCAGUUCCCGCGUCGUCCAUUGCCUUUCGUCUAUAUAUACGACUUUCUCGGGUAUGUGGAAAUUGCAGUAUGCAUCUUUGUAGACCUGGUUUGCCUUAAGAAACACGUUGA